AUGGCGUCUUCCGAGGUGGACCAGAAGUUUCUCGGCAGGCUGGCCAAGGCCGUCGAAAAGGAAAAUGGGCUGCUUUCCAACAUGCUCUUCAAGAUCCUCGGCCUCUCUCUGAGCCUGGCCGAGCAGCUUGUAGCGGCUAGAAAGGAACGACGGCCCAACAACGAGCUAUCGUCAUCUGCCUUGAGACGGAUCCUCCACAUCUUGUGGCUAUCCAGGGAAGGCCUGGUCAUGCUUCAUCAGUACGUCGUGCCCAUGGUGGGAAACUAUGUUGAGCUCAAGGUUCUCGCCUACAAGCUGCGCGCUAGCUUCCACCACAUCUUUGUCCUAUUCUACAACAACCCGUCCGUGUCCAACAUGGCCAACCUCACACCCGAGAUUAUGGCAUCGUCGACGCCGCCGAAGAGCUCGGAUGAUAGGGACGUCCCCUCGAGAUCAUCAUCGAUCCAGCCGACGCAUCCGAUGGAAGGUGGGCCCGUCGGUCCCCCUCCAGGGUUCGAGAUCGACGUGUCGACACUGUCGCCAUCCGCCCUCUUGCCCUGGCAGGACUAUCUCCCAAUGGCACACCAGCACUUUCGGGAGGCAGUAGAACUGGCAGACCAACUCCUAUGGGGGUCGCAUUCCCUGCGUCUGUCUGUAAAGACGGAGUAUGCCGCCUUCCUGUACGAAUGCGUCCACGACGUCGAAGCAAGCCGCAGAUUGGCCAAGACCAGCAUAGCAGAAGCAUACGAUGCCGAGGAGGGCAUGUCGGACGACAUGUUCCGUGACACGUGCGAGCUUGUCACGGUAUUGGGGAAAAUGAUGAAACGCGGCCUGGGGGGGCCAAAGGGCAAUUCUCAGAGCAAAGUCCAGGUCCAGCCUUCUCCUCACAGCUACUACACACGCACAACUGCGCCGCCGCCAGGGAUGGACAACGCAAUAUAG